AUGGUCGAUUCGCGGUGUCACUCCCUCGAGGAUACACCUUCGCUCCGCAAACACCAUGCUUCACUAACGUCUAGCUCCCGAUCCGAGUCCUCUCGCAGCAGUGGCUCGGUGAAGCUCACUGAAUCAUUUGCAACUAUUAACCUAUCGCUCCGAGACCUGCGCUCGACUUCUCACGCAUCACUGACCAACAAAUCCCGAGAAGAGACUCAUACUAUACGACAGAAGGAAAACAGGACCCAAAACUCAGCAUCGUCAGAAAGAGGGCGCAAGAGGGUGAAGCAAUCUCGCGGCGGAGAAAAACGCCGCAGGACUUUUCAGAGCCCGGCCUCGCCAGAUCGAUUUAUUCCAACGCGGGAAUAUACCAGUGGUAUAGAUUCCUCAUCCACGCCAUUCCGUGUCAGCAAACCCACCAUCUUACUGUCACCUCGAGAGCGAUUCCUGCGACGUCGUGUUCCGGGUGAUGACCCCUUUCUUCCAACAACUCGGCCUUGCCCUGCCUUCCCUGGACAGAAGCCAAUUCCCGCCCACCUUCGCCAACGGCCACACCAACAGCCGAGUCUAGCGCUUGGCUUGGUGCCUGCGAGGGGUAUUGGUCAACAUGGGCUACCGCAGGCCAGCUUGGGAACUGUCUGGGAUGUUGGCGGAGCUGCUGUAACUCAAAGUGACUUCUCGGCAUUCAAUGGUUCACGAGAAUCUGCGAACAGAGGCACGACUGCCCCCAGCUACGCCGCACGGCUCUUACCCCAAAGAACCGCUGCCGAGGACCAAAGAAAGCAUGAGUCAAGACUCGCUCUCGCAUUGGAUAUUGAUCCGACAACCAGAGUUCUCGGUACCUCUACGCCGUACACACAGAAUCAGGCCAGUCCAACAUCCCCAGACUAUGAGCGGUAUGCACCUUUUGUGUGGAAGGACAAUGCCUGGAAAAAGGGAGAACAAGACCACUGGCCUACGUCUGCCCGUGCCACGCGAGAAACUGUGCCGCCCAAGCCUUUCCGAAUUUUGGACGCGCCGUACCUUCGUGACGAUUUCUACUGCUCAACCCUAGCGUAUUCCUUCACGAGUGGAAUACUUGCUGUCGGUCUCGCUCAAUAUGUCUAUCUCUGGUCCGAAGGUACUACGGUCAAUCACCCCGCCUUCGGCGACGUGCAUCCAUCGAACUACGUUACAUCCCUUUGUUUCUCAUCGGAAUAUGGCGGUCGAAGUAUCCUCGCCGUGGGUCGCCAGUCCGGUCAGUUAUUACUUUGGGGUGCCUUGGAUAACAGAGUCCGUUUUGAUCUUAGCCACCCAAAUAGCAUAUCAUGCGUGUCAUUCAAGCCGAAGACCACGCGCAGAAACUCAGAACGGUUUCCUGGUUUGGAGAUUGACGCGGAAGAACUUGUGGCUGGUGACGACAUCGGCAAUGUAUGGUAUUAUUCAGUCGAGUGGCCGGUAAUUCAGAACAAAUGGAGCUGGUCUGGAUCGAUGACACUACUCGCCAAGAUCUCCGCGCAUACUCAACAAGUCUGUGGUCUGGCAUGGUCACCUGACGAACGGUUCCUUGCUACUGGGGGUAAUGAUAACGUGUGUUUGCUCUUCGAGCUUGAAGAUAUCAUUCCGCCAUCAGUGAGAGAUCACUCGCCAUAUACUUCUGUGUCGCCCACUUCGUCUGACGAAAGAAGCUUCCCUGCAUUCCCACGUAUCAACCUUGGCAACCCUCCGAGAAGACUACGUCUUUUCAACAGAGAACAUCUUGUCACUUCGUUUUUGCCAUCGUGGGCGUUCCAACCUAUUCCUAGCAGAGGGCCAACUCACACAAAUCAAGUUAUGAGCCACAUUGGAACUCUUAUUUCGGGCAUCGGGACGACAGUCGUGGUUGCACCAAACCGUCAGAAGCAUCGCUUGCCGCAUGCUGCCGCUGUAAAGGCAAUUGCAUUUGCACCAUGGCAGCCCACAUUGCUGGCAACCGGAGGAGGAUCGAACGAUCGAGCGAUCCACUUUUUCCACUCACGCACCGGUGUUUGUCUAGCCACCAUCAAUGUUUUUGCGCAGGUGACCAGUCUGAUCUGGAGCCAGACUCGACGCGAGAUUGUUGCGACAUUUGGGUACGCCCAGCCAGAUCAUCCGUUCCGCAUCGCGGUCUUUGCUUGGCCAAGCUGCGCGCAGGUUGCUGUCAUUCCUUGGGGGCCUUAUGGAACCACUUGGGAUGGGGUCGACCGCAUUGCCAACUCUGAUUGUGGACGUGCUUUGUGGGCUGUGGGUUACCCGGGACGACCACGCCGAAGUUUCGAGCAGGAAGCCAGCAGUCCCACAAGCGCGACGUCACCCUCAUCGCCCACCUCUCCCACUUCCAGUCGCACACGGUCAUCGCAGCGAGGGCGUGAAACACCUGUAUCAAUUGAAGGGACACAAGCGGUCCGGCCGAAAGAAAAAGAAGGUGGAAUGUGGUGCUCACGUACGAUGGAGGAAGGAUGUAUCAUUGUCGCAUCAAGCGACCAGACCGUGAAAUUCCACGAGGUUUGGACAGGACGACGAACCAGCUUUGGAUCUUCCAGUGGACUUCUCGGAGGCAGUGAUAUUCUCGAAAGCAUGGAGGGUAUUGAUAAAUCCGGCAGUGAAGUCAUUCGCUAG